AUGGAGGAAGAAGAAGAAGCUUCAUUACACGGUUUAAAGAGUUAUUCGUCCUACCUGAGGGAGGAGAUCGGGACGGCGGUGCAGGAGGCGCUGGACGCCGUAGUGGGCGACGCCGAGUUCCAGGAGCACCGGGUCGAGAUGUGGAUCAACGCCAUCCUGGAGAGUUGCCUCGGCCGCUUCGUGGGCCUAGAGAAGAACAGCAAGUUUGUUAAGACAGUACGCCAGGCUUAUAAGAGUGCUGUCUGUUCAGCGACGUGCGUGAUCUGCCCCAAUGAUGGUACGGGCAUGCACGGGCAGAGCGCAUGCGCUUGGCACCCGGGCAUGGACCACGCGCUGGUCUACGAGUGGCAGAACCCACACGUGCGCGUGUGUGUCACCGUCUUCACCAUCUGCGCCACGCGCCUGCGCUGA